GGUCCCGGGGGUGGCGGGGGGGUGGCAGGAGGAGGCGGCCACGGGCGCGGGAGGGAGGCGGUUGUUUCUUUCUUCUUUAAUUACCCCCCUGUUUGCGGUGUCUGCUGCGAACUUCCCGUCCCCUCCCUCCGCUUUCAUCCGCCGGAUCCUGGGACCGGAGCCGGCUCCUGUCAAGCGGCGGGGCUGGGGCUCUGCCUCCAAGGGUUAAAAUCACCGGGGCCGGGGGUGGAGCUGGGCGGGGGGGCGGAGGGAAGAGCCGGCGGCCGGGCUGGGACCCGGCCAUUCCUGCUCGCCCGGCCCAGUGGGUGCCCCGUCCCUGGGGAGCCGCGCGGGUCCCUCGGGGUCCCCUCGGGAAGCAGCGCCCGCGCCACGCCGAUGAGGACGGACCCACCGGGACCUCGCCGCCGCCGCUAGACCCGUCUGUGCGCGCCGCCGCCCCGCGAUGCUGACGGCGGUCUGCGGCUCCCUGGGAUCCCAGCCCUCGGACGCGCCCCGCGCCUCCCCGACCCACCUGGACCUGCAGCCGCUCCAGCCCUUCCAGCCGCACGCCCCCGCCGCCCCGGGAGCCCCCGACUUCGCCUCCCCGCUGCCCCCCCCGGAGCUGCCGCUGCCGGGGCCCGACGACUCCGCCUUCGCCGCCCCCGGCGCCUACGAGCCCCAUGGCCCCCCGAGGUUAGAGCUGCCCCCCGACGGCCCCGCCGCCCCCGGCGCCUACGCCAAGCUGCUGCCGGCCCCCCCGGACAUGGCGCACCCCUACGAGCCCUGGUUUCGGCCCCCCCACCCCGGCGCCCCCGGCGAGGAAGGAGGGGGCGUCAACUGGUGGGACCUCCACGCCGGGGCCAGCUGGAUGGAGCUGCCCCCCGGGCAGGGCGGGGGGCUGCAGGUGCCCGCGCACCCCGGGCUGCCGCCGGCCCUGGGGGGGUACGGCCCCGGGGGGGAGCACCAGCUCUGCGCGCCCCCCGCCCACCUCCUGCCGCCGCCGGCGCAGCAUCUCCUGGGCGCCGAGGGGGCGAAGGCGCUGGAGGGUCCCCCGGAGCCGCGGGGGCCGGAGGCGGAGGGCGGGGGGCGUCCCAAAGGCGCCCGGCGGGCCGUGCCCAGGGGCGGGGGGCAGGCGGCGUGUCGCUGCCCCAACUGCCAGGAGGCCGAGAGGGGCGGCCCGUGCCCCGAGGGGGCGAAGCGCAAGCACCUGCACAACUGCCACAUCCCGGGCUGCGGGAAGGCGUACGCCAAGACCUCCCACCUGAAAGCCCACCUGCGCUGGCACAGCGGCGACCGGCCCUUCGUGUGCAACUGGCUCUUCUGCGGCAAGCGCUUCACCCGCUCCGACGAGCUCCAGCGGCACCUCCAGACCCACACCGGCGCCAAGAAGUUCGCCUGCCCCGUCUGCGGCCGCGUCUUCAUGCGCAGCGACCACCUGGGCAAGCACAUGAAGACCCACGACGGGGGCAAGGACGGGGCCGAGCCCGAGGGGAAGGGCGCCGGGGACCCGUCGGCCGCCAAGGGAGGAGGCAAGAGGGAGCCCGAGGGGGGCAACGCCGCCGCCCCCACAAACUGAGCCGCUGAGCCCCGGGGGGGGGGGACACACACACGGAUGGAGGCGGGGAGGACCGGGGGGACCCUUCGGGGCCGGUCUCCGAAGGGAUUUGGGGUGUGUGUGAGGGGGGGUGGGCGCAGGGCUGGCCCCUUGUGCCGCGGGCGGUGGCGAGGAGGGGGGGACAAGGCUGGUGGCACAGCCCCGGCCCCGCUGCGGCGUUUGGGGAGCGCCGGAGCCGGAGCUGCCCCGAGGCGGUUUCACUUGUCCCGCUCCCGCUCUCCCGCCCCGGUUCUUCUCUUCUUUCCCCCCCCCCCCCCCCCAUCCUCCCCCGGCUUCCCAAAUCUUUUUUUUCGGGAGGCUGCUGGCAGGCGGCGGGGCUGUUUGGGAGGAACAUCAAUGGGAGCCGAAGGAGCAGGCGCUGCCCGGGCACGUCCAGCCCAAAGGGGAGGAAGGAGAAGGAGAAAGGGAGAGAGGAGAAACCCGGGAGCCGCCGCUCGGGGAGGGCGGCCGCAGCCCCCCGGCCCCCUCCCCGCGGUCCCCUCCAAACUGUGGCACCGCGGGCUCAGCCCCCCCCCCCCCGCCCCGUGCCAGCCCCUUUCCUGAUCACCCCACCAGUUUUUGGCGCGUGGGGGACACGCGGGGCGGGUCGGGGGCUGCCCACAGCCCCCCUCCCCGGCUGGGGAUGUUGGGCCGGGGGGUGGUCCCGCACCCCGGGAAGCCCCUCCUGGGCCGGGAGCUUGAGGAUGUGAAGCCCUUUUUUUUUUUUUUGCUGUUGUUUUGGCCCGAACGGGGGCUAAAACGGGAAAAAACAAAGAAGUCCUGCGUGAAUGUGAGCCGCGGGGAGCUCGGGGGGCUGCGGGGGCCGCGGGCCGCGUGGCGGGGCCGUUGCCCAAGCGCACACCCGCAGCUUUCCCACACCCACCGCCGCGGCCCCGGGCGGGAAGCAGCGGGGCGGCCGCGGGCCCGGGAGAGCCGGGGCGGCCGCAUUCCUCCGGCCUGGCACGGCCGCGCUGCCCCGCGACCCCCGCCCGCCCCCCCGGGCACCGCGGGGCCGGCCCUGCCCGCGGACCCCGGGACUGGGGGGGCCGAGCUGCCUGUCCCCCACCCCUUGCCGUCCCUUCCCGGGGACCGCAGCCACCCCCCUGUGCGUGCUGCAGGUCCCUCGGGGACCCCACAGCCCAGGGGACCCCCGCUGUCCCCCCCCCCCCGUGCAUGCUGCCUGUCCCCCCGUGGCCCCGUAGCCGUCCCCCCCCGGGGGUCCCGUAUCUCCAGGGAAUCUCUGCCUGGCCCCCCCGUGCAUGCUGCCUGUCCCCCCGGGGACCUCAGAGCUGUCCCUUCCCGGGUCCCCCUAUCUCCUGCUGGGAAUCCCCCAGCAGGGACCCCGUAUUUUUCCUCCCCUGGGGUCGACGCCCUGUCCCCAGGGGGCCCCGUGUCUGUCCUGCACCCCUGGCUGGGGGUCCACGAAACUCGGUUUUUAGACCUUCGGGGUCUUACACCCCGAUUUUGGCAGAACCCCUUGGACACAGAAGGAGACGCUGAACCCGGGACCUGAGGGGGAGCUUUGGGGGGGAGGGGGGAAGCGCUGGGGUGGGGUGGGAGGGGGGAACGGGGGCACCCGGGGGUCCUCCCCGGCUCUGCCCCCCGGCCAACACCAGUUCACACCAGUUGGGAGUCUGGGGAGGGGGGGAAGUUUGGAGGGAGCUGAUCUCCCGGCAUGGCCCCAUCCGGGGGGCUCCGGGGGGGCCGUGUUGGGACUGCCCGGGCUCGGAGCCCCCCGGGGUCUGGGGGGAAGGGGUAGAGGUGAAGUCGAGUGGGGUCCGUGCCCAGAGGGCGCCCCAAGACCUUCGGGUUUGAUUGUUUUAUUAUUAUUAUUAUUAUUAAUUAUUAUUAUUAUUAA